AUGGUCAAGAACAAGCAGUACGUCGUCGACAAGCUUCGUCGAUGCCGCGUCGACCCCUGCUGGAAGCAGAUGGCAGACGAGAUAGCAGCCGAUGUGUCACUCGGGCGCAUGGAAGGCCCGUUCACCAGCCCUUCGGACUGGCCCAAAAGCGCAGUGCCGCUCGCAUCGCACGAGCACACAAGCAAGCUACUCGAGGGCCCAGGCGAACACCAGCCGACGUGCUUCGCGUUCGCAGUCCACCAGGUCGGGUCCGAUGGCCGCCCCAAAGUACGCCGCGCCGAGGACUGGAGACGUUCUUUCGCUAACGCCACGGUCGCAGCGGAGGACUCCCCGCCGUACCACGACGUCAACUCCUACGUGCAGCUGGUUCGCGCCAUCAAGGAGAUCGACCCGCAGGCCGAGAUCCUCAUAUGGGGCCUUGAUCACGAGUCGGCCUACAGACAGCUCCCAGCGCUCGACCCGUCGCACACCUACGUGGUUCUCGCGACGCCCGAAGGAGUGACUCUCUGGCGCCAUACAGUUCUAAUGUUUGGGUCAGUGGCGAGUGUGUGGUCCUAUUGCAGAAUAGCGGACCUCAUGGGCUGGUUAUGCCGCGCAUGCAUUUUCACGCCCGCGCUACACUUUGUCGAUGAUUUCGGCAGCGCAGAGGUCACCACGUUCGCCAACUCGUCCUUCGACGCUUCGCGUCGACUUUGCAAAGCAUUGGGUUUUUCUUUUAAGCAGUCUAAGGAGCAACCGCCGGCCCCGCGACAGGUCAUCCAAGGCGUCGACAUUCUUGUGUCCCACGAGUCCGUCACAGUGCAGGGCACAGAAGAGCGGAGACAGAGGCUCGACGAGGCGCUCGCGGACGUGCUCACUCAGGACCGCUUGAGACCCCACGAAGCAGCCAGCUUCGCGGGGAAACUACAGUUUUACUGUCAGUCACUUCAAGGUCGCUCGCACGCUGCAGCUCUUCGGCCCCUGUUUCGCAGAGCUCGACUCACAGGCGCUGGUCGUCAUCAUCGCGAUUGGAGACUCGAUGGACCGCUUCGCCACGGGAUCGGACUAUUACGCUGGAGCUUGCGGCACGCAACGCCCAAGGUCUUUCCUUUCGACAAAGAGGCGCACUCGGUCCUCUACGCCGACGCGUUCUUCAACCUCUUGGACAAGGACUGGAAACCCUCCGACGAGGACAUUCCCAACUGGGGAAGGACACCCCCGGAGACACUCCGCAACGGAUGGGGCUUUGUGGUUACCGUACAGGGACAGACCUACUUCGCUCACGGAAGAGUACCGUACUGGUUCGUGCGAGCAUUCACGAGUCGCCGGGCAUACAUAUACAUGCUCGAGAUCGUGGCUCAGAUCUUGCCUCUGUUCGCCAUGGAGGACCAGCUCGACCGACACGUCAUGCUCUUCGUGGACAACGAACCCGCACGCCACGCUCUCACUCGAGGCUUUGGCAAGGAUGAGUCGAUCAACUGCUUGCUACAACAUGCAUGGCGCUUCUUGGAGGCACAAUCCUUUCGCCCAGCAUGGCAGCGUGUUACGUCGUCAGCCAACGUCAGCGACUCCGUCAGCCGCGGUGACCUUCGCCACGCUCGAGCCGAAGGUUGGAUCGAACUAGAACGAGAUUGGGACAGUCUUUUCGAAGAGCUUCUGACGGGCGGCACACCUAUGGUGAUACGCAACGAUUCGCUCCGAUCGAUGUCUGAGAUGAUCAUCGCGACCGAUGCGAGGGCUGCGCUCUUCCGCUCUCUCGGGCGCGGCUGGAUUUGGAUACAACUUUCCUCCUCCGGCGGCAGGGAAGACAAGAGCAAGCUACCGGAGGAGCAAAGAACGCGCUUCAAGUGGUGGUUUGAAAAUCUGAGCCGCGUUUUGCGGAACCGUCAGCACGACAUCGACAAACUGAAGCUGAAGGGUGACAUGCUCAAAAAGUACACCACGGGUUACAUGCCUAUGUCGGAACUAGUCUUUCUGAUCUAUGGCAUUGCGCCUGCCAUGCCCAUCAUCGGCAUUCAGAAGUGGUCACCGCACUACAAGGAAGUCGACAGAUGGGCUCGAGACGACCUCGUAAGGAAAGCAGUCGAGAAGCCAAUCGCAUCAGAGGCGGAAAGGCAGGAGUACGCGGCGCACGUGGAGCAGCAAAAGACCCGCAAGCAGCGACAGAGAGCGAAGCAGAAAAUGAAGAAACAGCAGCUGCAGGACGAAGAUCUGCUUCAAGAUUCCAGCCCCAAGCUCCCUGGACCGGCUCGCAUGGAGCAGUCCAAUACCGAGUUCGAAAGCUUGCUGGCUUCGCUGAAGCGGGAGGCUGGCCUGGCACCAGAUGACUUUUCACCCGACGACGCGUCGCCUACCGACUUGUCACCGGCCGCAGAGGAUCUUUUGGAGGAUGCCGCAGGCAUAGCCAUCUCUGGCGCUCAUGCCAAAGAGGCCAAGGCUGUCAAGGCCAAGAAGGCCGAAAAGCCUGGGGUCAAGGAGAAGCGCGAGGUGGUUGAUGCCAAGGAUGCAGAUGACGACGAAUUCCUGGACUGUCUGAGUGACGACGGUCCCCACCAUGGCGGCAAUGACAUCAGUCCUUCCUUCGGCAUCCAAUACGGCUCGCAGUCAGGAAGGCUCGUUGUGUUCCGUACUGUCCAGGGUGUCCAGAUUUAUUUCCUGCCAUCUUCGGCAGUUGCUGCCAUCGCAGGCAAAACUGCGAAGCUGCAGGCUUGCCGCUUGCGUCUGCCGCAAUUCGAAUGGUAUCUUGGGCCGAUGUAUCGGAGGUAUGCCGAGAUCAUGGCUGAACGCGAACGUGCCAACAUGACGCAGUUCGUAAAGAAGAAGGUGACGCCGACGGUGCCGGACGAACCCGCUUACAUCAAGCACAUUACCUCUCGCACACCGGUCUAUGCAUUCAAUGAAGCCGUCCACGACCGACCUCUUACCGACAUGGGCAAGGCCUACGUCACAAUGAUGCCAGCCCGACGGAAGGAGCAGGCUAAAAAUGGAACCGAUCCGAAGUCGACCACCCGCUAG